UGUGUUAUAUUUUUAUUGGAAAUUUCACUGUUGGGCUGUGUUCUUGAGAGCUGAUUGGGCCGGCCUGUUUCUCGUCGGGUGUUUUGGCCCGAGCCCUGUCGUCGGUGUGAAAAGGAGCCGCUCAGCUCUAGGGUUUUGAGCUGGGAUUUUCUCCGGUGGAUAAGGAUGAGGCUGGCUGGGGUUGCGGCGGCGGCGGAACUUCCCUGCCCGGUUCCCUUGGGUAUGCGGUUGUGGGGCGGAUUCGUCGGCCAGGUGACGCAGCGUGCGCCUCCUCUUCUUAUGUGUCUCAUCCCUCUCUCUGGAACUCAGUUUUGAGUCUGUGAUUUCCUCACUCCUCACUGAUUCUUUUCCGGUCUGCUCUGAGCUGGUUGAACCCCAAUCUGUUGGGUAAUCGAUCUGUUUUUGUGUGGUCCGGGAAGAGGAAUCUGUUGGUGGCCGGAGCUGCACGGCUGCAGUUCAACCGCGCGUGCAGUGGCAGCGUGGAGAGGCUUUGUAUCUCCGAUCUCCUUCUCUCCGUCGGCAACGGCGGGAGCUAGGUUUUCUGGGACAGCGGCUAUUGAGUCGUGCCUAGCCUCACUUCCUUUCGACUUUGUUCGAAGUUUUGCUGUGAGUAAUCUGUCUCCUAUCCCUCUUUCUAUUCUUGCUCUGUGAUGAUUGUGGUUAUCUGAGAUUGGGCUAUUUAUCAAGAAUAAUAGCAAUAGAAUUGUGGUUAUAUGGAUGAAUGAGCUGCUGUAACGCAAUCAAAUAAUGGGCUGGUGAUGGUUCUCUGAGGUCUGUUAUUGUCCAUCUUAGAGAUGACAAUGAUCUUGCAGGCGGCAGAGGGUAGUCUGAAUUGUGUUAUUCUCUGUUUAGAGAUGGCAUAUCAUAGUCUUUACUGGGUAAAUGUAAUGAUUGCAAUCUGUGAUAGAUAUCUCUACCUGUACACCUGUGCUAAGUCUGAUACUGGUCAUUUCAGUAUGUGUAAGGCCUUCUGUACUGUUGCAGCUCAUUGUCCAGUGACUUAUUUUGAUACAAUGUCCAAAUUCUUUCUGCUAGUUAAAGUCUUAACAAUAGCCCAAUCAAUGAUGAACUUUGUAGAACAAUUUGGGAGCAAGACCCUUGAGUCUUGGAGCCAAUUGUCAUGUAAUAAUCUGAGAGCAAAAUUUUAUCAUCCUUUAUUCUGCUGUCAAUCUGUUGGGAUAGUUGUUCAAUUGCUCUGUUCUGCAAAACAGCUAAUUAAGGUACACAUGUUGAGCUUUGUAGUUGCUGUAUUUAUCAAAUUAUGCAAUUACUUUACUCUGUGUACAUAUAGCUCAGAUUUCUGCUAUUUUAAUUGUUUAUAUGGAAUAAUGUUCAUGCUCUAUUUACCACAUAUUAUUCAACAAUCCAGAAAACCUAUUAUUGCUUCGAAUAUGGCUAGUUCUGGCUCCUCCACCUUACCUCCGUCUUCCUCGGACGCAAUUAAGCCUGAGUGCUUUGAUGGGACCGGCUUUAAGCGCUGGCAGGCCCGGACGAGGCUAUGGUUGAUGGAGCUCGGUUUAUUCUGGGUCCUCAACGAAGAGCCGCCCGCCCCCCAGGGGGAAGCCGUGCUAGACGAGGUUGAAAGAACGCGUCUUGACGCGUUAAGGGCCCGUUGGGAGAAGGCAAAUGCUUCUGCCCUGGCACGUCUCUUGGCCGUUCUGUCGAACAGGCUCUUUGAUGUCUACGUGAGCUUCGGGGAAGCGCGGAAGGUGUGGACGGAGCUGAAUGACAAGUAUGCAGAGAGCGACAACGGCAACGAGUCCUUCAUGGUGGCAAGCUACCUGAACUUUCGCAUGGGAGAUGGCAGAUCAGUCAUGGAACAAAUCCAUGAGCUACAACUGAUCGUGCGGGACUUAGGCCAGUAUGGCUGUGUCCUCCCGGAGAACUUUCAGAUUAAUGCCAUUUUGGCCAAGCUGCCCACUUCUUGGCGUGACUUUGUCACCGCACGUCGGCAUUUAAAGCAGCGACUAACUCUUAAUGAGCUCAUUGCUGCGAUAAAUGUCGAGGAGAAGUCCAAGGCAGGCUAUGGUGGGGGGAAGGCGCCCGCUCAAGCAAACCUUGUCGAGCACAAGAACCAUCCUGGCAAGAAUGCGAAGAAAGAGAAGACCAAGCCUGGUUUUUCGGGACCGAAGGCUAAUGCAAUGAAGAAGAAGAAAAAACCCGAGAUUGUCUGCUAUGUCUGCGGCGAGUUGGAUCACAAAGCCAACAGAUGCCGCAAUCGUAAGGGCAAGGGGCCAACACCUGAGCAGCAGAAGGCAGCCAAAGCCCAAGUACAUGUGGCGGUUGCUACGGCCAAUGAUACUGGCAAAGGCGACUCCACUAGUGGGGCGCAGAUGGUGGAUCCGUACUGAUGGGGAACGGGGUCUCGGCAGCAGUACGCGGAGUAGGACAAGUGAGCCUGAAGUUGACUUCUGGCAAGACUCUUGUCCUGAAGGACGUACUGUUUGUUCCUGCCAUGACCCGCAAUUUACUCAGUGGAUCGAUGCUGUGCCGGCAAGGAAUAAAACUAGUCUUCGAGUCGAAUAAAGUAGUGAUGACCAGGUGUGGGUCGUUUGUAGGGAAAGGCUAUGAUUGCGGAGGCAUGUUCCGCAUUUCUAUUCUUGAUAGCUCUGCAAACAUUUUCUAUUCUUCGUAUUCUAAUAAGAACAUUGAUAUUUGGCAUUCUCGCUUGUGUCAUGUUAAUAAUGAAGCAAUUGUGCGU